GAUAUUUACGCCGCUGGCUGCCUGUGAUGGGAUAGUCUGCAUAGCGUCCCCUGACAGUGGCGCAUCACAGUCUCCACACAGUUCAGCAUUCAGCAACAAUGGACCCUCACCAGUCAAGGAACAUAGAGGAGAGGCCGGAGCCCUACACCGCAGAAGUCAAAGGAAGCCUUCCUGAUUGGCUAACCGGCACGUUGUUGCGCAAUGGCCCCGGAAUGUUCACCGUUGGGGAGACUACCUACAACCAUUGGUUUGACGGGAUGGCUUUAAUGCAGAGUUUCACUUUCAAGGAUGGACAAGUCAUAUACAGGAGCAGAUACCUUCAAGGCGAUACAUAUAAUGCAAACAUGGCUGCCAAAAGAAUCGUUGUGUCUGAAAUGGGAACCAUGGCAUAUCCAGAUCCAAACAAAAACUUCAUAGUCAAGGCGAUUACUUUUUUGAACCACACUGUACCCGACUUCACGGACAACGGUGCAAGUAACUUCAUCAGAUACGGAAAUGAGUACUUUGCCACGUCUGAAACAAAUUACAUCCGCAAAAUUGAUCCCUUUACCCUGGCAACUCAGGAAAAGGUGGAUUAUCUGAAGUAUAUUGCGGUGAACAUGGUCACCUCCCACCCACACUACGAUAAAGAGGGGAAUACCUACAACAUUGGCACCUCGAUAGCAGAAAAGGGCAAGACCAAGUACACUCUGUUCAAAGUGCCUUCCGCUCCAGAAACAGAAACGGGCAAGUCUCCGCUGAAGAAGGCAGAGGUGCUGUGCACAGUGCCCUGCCGAUCUCUCCUCAGCCCCAGCUACUACCACAGCUUCGGCAUGACCGACAACUACUUCAUCUUCAUCGAGCAGCCCUUCAAACUGGACAUCCUCAAGAUGGCCACCGCCUACAUGCGCGGGGUCAACUGGGCGAGCUGUCUCAAACACUGUCCAGAGGAAAAUACGCUGAUUCACCUGAUAGACAGAAAGACCGGCAAAGAGGUGGCCACCAAAUACUUUGCGGGACAAAUGGUGAUCUACCACCACGUGAACGCCUUCGAGGAGAACGGCCAUGUGAUCUUCGACGUCAUCGGCUACGACGACUGCAGCCUCUACGACAUGUUCUACUUGCAGAAGCAGAAGGACAAGCCCGAAAGCAAGGGCUGGAGCAAGCCCGUCUACCGGAGAUACGCGCUCCCUCUGCACGUGGACUCGGGGGCCGCUGGACAGAACCUGGUGACCAACUCGCUCACCACAGCCACCGCUGUCAAGGAGGCAGACGGAAAGCUGUUAUGCAUGCCUGAAGUGCUCUGUGAAGGUUUGGAACUACCCAGAAUUAACUAUGACUUCAAUGGCAAGAAGCAUCGCUUUGUCUAUGCCGCCUGUACAGAAGAGUCUGCAGUGGCUACAGAGCUCGGAAAGCUGGACACAGAGACCAAGGAGAUCGUGAGAUGGGGCGAGGACAACUGCUGGCCCUCGGAGCCUGUGUUCAUCCCCCGACCCAAUGCCGAGUCUGAGGAUGAUGGAGUGGUGCUGGCUUCGGUCUGCACCGUCCCGGGAAAGCUUGGCUUCAUCCUGGUCCUGGACGGGAAGACUUUUAAGGAGGUCGCUCGGGCUUACAUGAAUAACGAACUCCAUAGAGACAUGCACGGAUAUUUCAUCCCGCAAUAGUCCCAGCAACACAUGUGUGUGGGUGGGUGUCUGUGUGGGUGUGAUUGUAUAUAUAUGUGUAUAUGUAUACAUAUACACAUAUACAUAUAUAUAUAUAUAAGUAUAUAUAUACAUGCACUGUUGUUUUUUCAAACUAAUACAACAUCGAUCAAUUGUUUACUCAAAAAUACUUAAACUUACACUUACCCUUAAACAUAUUGACUUACGUUUAUUGUUUUAUCGAUUGAUGUAUUUACAAUUGUAUUUCUUUAUUUGAACAAUGAAAGAUUUGUUAUUGAUUGUUAUUGAUACCUCAAGUAUUUGUUAAUGUUGUAUUUUAUGAAUUUUGAUGUUUUAUCGACAGCAUUGUAUAUUGACAUACUAUUGUCUGUUUUCCAGCAUGUCCAUAUCAAUAAACAUUCUAAGUUGAAUUUA